CGGGGGGAAGGGAGGGGGCGUGCCGCCCUGCCCAGCCAGCGGCUGCUCCAGCUGUUGCAACGCGACGACGCGCUCGGGCAUUUUUAGCGACGGGUGCGCGCGGCUGGUCGCCAGCUCCCAGGUCCCCCGAAGCGAGGCAAAAAAGGAGAGAGCGAGUCAGUGUCCACAAUGUCUUCGCCUCCUGAGGAGAAAGUAGAGACUAGAGCUGGACACCCUCCUGCGGUAAAAGCUGGUGGAAUGAGAAUUGUGCAGAAACACCCUCAUAGUGGAGAUGCCAAAGAAGAGAAAGAUAAGGAUGAUCAAGAAUGGGAAAGCACCAGCCCACCUAAACCAACUGUGUACAUCUCUGGUGUUAUUGCAAGGGGUGACAAAGAUUUUCCCCCUGCUGCAGCUCAGGUGGCUCACCAAAAACCACACCCCUCUAUGGAAAAGCAUUCUUCUCACAAGACAGCACAGCACAUCCAACAGCCCCGCAAGUGAAGGUCCUGCCGCAACCCUGUCAGUCUGGUUCUUGGAGAAGAUCACAUGAUUUCUCUUAGUUUUGACAUUUAUAGAGCAACAAGAUUUGGUCCAGUUUUGUUUUUUUCCUAUCUCUAACUCUGUAGAGAAAUUUAAGACAAAGCAAAUCAGUAGCUUCCUUUGCCUUACAUUUCUUUGUUUACUGCCUGCAAAUAGAUUAGAUACCUCUCUAUCUUGUUCACCUAAAUGCAAACAACACUUGAGUCUCACUUUUUCCCCCUGAUCUCGGAUCCUUACUCAAUUUAACCUUAUCUGCAGCUUUGAUUAAAAGUUAGUUUUAGUAGUUCUAAAGUUGCCUUCGGUUUAAACCAUAAAGUUAAGUGUGAUAUUUAAAAACGGUUGUAAACAAAUUUGGGGAAAUGCAAGGUAAAGGUUAGGAAGAAAUGGGUCAUUUUGUAAUCUUAUUUUUAUCAGGCAUUGUAGUCUUCCCAUGUAGUUCAGAGCAAAAUAGGGAAGUCAGUUAAAAUUUCACACUGCCCUUUAAAUGAAUAACCAGAACAGUUAUGUCCUUUAAGAGUCUUGUUGCUGAGGAAUAAGAAUCCAAGAGGGCUUACUCAAAAUGAAGCGUCUUGCUUUGAGUCACAGGACUGGGGAGUUUGUUGUAGCCCAGAAAGUCCUGGCUUGAGAAACAGGUUAAUUUAUGCAUUGCUGUAAUCACCUCGUUGGCUUGGAUUUGGGGAGUGGGACUCUUAGGACUCCACCCACAUUGUAGAAGGGGAAAGACAUGGAUAAUCACUAGAAAAGUUUAAUAAGAUCAUUUAAAGCAGAGGGGAAUAAUAAAUGAAAACCCACAGAGUUCCCAAAGAGAUCCAGUUUUCCUCCAAAGAGAGAUUAAUCCCGUUGUCAAGGAAAGAAAAACACAUUCCACUUUACUUGGAGCAAUCUGUUUGUAGACCUCACGACUGUGGUCAGUCUCCUCUUUGUCCUAAUUACAUAAUUAUUCCUACUAAUGUUUAAAUGUUUGAUGUCAUUCUGAGUUAUCUUGUGUGCUUCUUGCCAGUUGAUAUUUGUAAAACUGCUGCUGGAAUGAUUACUAUGUUAUUUCCCUAUUGGAAAAUAAAUUUGUUCUGUUUAUUUGCAUAUGAAAAAGCUCUCUCAAACAAUACACUUUUAUGGAGAAAGUAUUGCCUUGUUAGCUAGGAUACCAGCAGUCUGUUUUGAAGCUAUUUAUUGCUGCAGGUCAGCAGUGAUACUACGAAUGGCUGCCUACCUACAAUACCAAUCAUCCUCAAAUAAAAUGAUGAAAUCCACAUCCGUCAAUUGGUAGAAAUACUUUGUAACCCUCUCUUGAUCAAUGUCUAUUAACCCUCUUCUCAAGAAAGAAUGUUCGUAAUUCACCUCGUUUACUGUUUUCAAGAAAACAGGUUUUUCUUAGCUCUAGAUUAACAGCAGGCCAGUUUCCUAUGGCAGUGACAUUGUAUCAUCUGUGUUGUUUCGUAAUGGCAGAAGUAGUAGCGUGAACAUUUCCUGUCUUCGUAAGGCAGUGUAUUUUGUCAUUACUUCACAGUCAGAACACAUAGCCAGAGGCUUGCUGCUUGGUAUUCCUAUGAAACAUGUGCCUAAAGACUUGGCAUCUCCUCAGAGCUCUGUUCAGAAAUAAGCAUUUCAAAUAGGAAGGGGAGAGCUUUAUAACACUUGGGAAAACAAUUGGAAGUAGAUUCAACUUAGUGCAAUCUAUAUAUCAUACCCUCUGCUAUAAGAAUAGUUUAGGAAGCUUCUCCUGCCCUGCUUCAAACCUCCACUGAGAGGUACCUGGAAAUGAUAGCCUAUUAUGUUUCCAAAUUUUUCAUUUUAACGUAUCUUAGAUGUAGUGUCUGUGUCCACAUGUUACAAAUCACUGAAAAGAAACAGUUAUAUCAAGUGUUUCCUUUAAUAGUUAAUAAUUUGUGUUUUUCAGUAAUAAAAAUUGUGCCUGCCCUUC